CAAUCGAAUUAAAAAUGGCGUCAAUUUUUGCAUCCAAUAUACCCAAUAUUCGUUGGUUGAACGGCGAACCCAUUUCGACUAACCUAAAACUUCACCCUACUUCACUCUCCUUUCCGCGCUGCGAUUCCAAUGCCCGAUUGUGCGCGGUUAAGACUGGCUCAGGCGGGGGCGGCGCCGUCCGGAACAGCCGGGACCCGCCGUCGAACGGGGCGGAAUUGCUGCGGAAGCCGGCGGCGUCGUCUCCCUCCGCCGCCGAGGAGAGUGAGAGUAAGGCCAGAGAAAGUGAGAGGUGGGUGGAUUGGGAGGACCAGAUUUUGGGGCACACUGUGCCCCUUGUCGGCUUCGUUCGAAUGAUUCUUCAUUCCGGAAAAUAUGAAAGUGGCGAUAGAUUGGAUCCUGAACACGAACGAACUAUACUGGAGAGGUUGCUUCCAUACCAUCCCGAAUGUGAGAAGAAAAUAGGCUGUGGAGUUGCAUACAUCACGAUCGGUUACCACCCGGACUUCGAAAGCUCAAGAUGCUUAUUCAUAGUCCGUAAGGAUGGAGAAUUGGUCGAUUUUUCGUUCUGGAAAUGCAUUAAAGGCAUGAUUAGAAAGAACUAUCCUCUCUACGCCGACAGCUUCAUCCUCCGACAUUUCAGGAGACGAAGACACAGCGACUAAUUAAUGGUAAAAAAUAAAAAUAAAAACUCCCAAUUUGUCUCAAUUCUGAAUGAAAUUAAUUAGAGAGUUCUUUAGUUGUUGAAGAUGAUCAUCCAUUGAGUUCUUACCAUUCUUGUUAUUAUUAAUUUUAUUUUUGUUUUUAUUAUUAUUAUUAUUAUUAUUGAAAGCAUAUAUCCUUUUCGAUU